CCCCGAAUCCCCAAAAUCAGAGAGCGCACAAGUAAUAAAACCGAAGCGGCAGAUACAAUAAGCCGCCGCCACCACGCCACCGCCGCUGCAGAAAAAGGCAAGCAGUCGCACGGGGGAAUCGCCUCGCCUGUGGCCGCGGUGGGUUGGUGGGUGCGGGGUGCCGUCGCCUCCUAUUCUCAAGUCUCAACCCCACUCCCCAUUACCACGCUUCGCCUGGAUGCCCUCUCGCUUCUCCCCCACUCCACGCGCCGAUCCGCCAGCCAAGAAACCACGAGGCGAUCCAGUUGAGGAGGAGGAGGACGAGGAAGGAGGAGGAGGCGAGGUAUCCGCGCUGACUCUGCCGCGAGCUGCCCCCUUUUAGCCCCCAGCCCUGGCCACGCUGCCGCUGGACGACGCCAUCGCCCACCUGCACGCCGUCUUGGGGUGGUCGACCAGCAGCCGUGGCCGGCCCGGCGCCAGCAAGCGGUGGCAGCGCACUCGGCGGAGCGCGAUGCUAUGGGCAGCGCGCCUGUCCGGCUUCUUCUCCGCCGCCAUGCUGAUGGUGGUCCUCUCGCCGUCGCUGCAGUCCUUCCCGCCCGCCGAGGCCAUCCGGUCGUCGCAGUUCGACAGCCACGUCCGCUUCCCCGGCCAGAUCGCCGGGGGGGCCAGGGGCCUCCCCUUCCGCCGCGCGCCGUCCUUCCGCAAUGCCGCUGACUGCGGCAACGCCACCGGCAGCAAUGUCUGCGACCCCUCGCUCGUCCACAUCGCCAUUACUCUGGACGAGGGCUACCUGAGGGGCUCGGUCGCCGCCGUCCAUUCCGUGGUCCAGCACGCCAUGUGCCCGGAGAGCGUCUUCUUCCACUUCCUCGUCUCCGACCCCAGCCUGGGCGACCUCGUCCGCGCCGUCUUCCCGCAGCUCCGGUUCAAAGUCUACUACUUCGACCCCGCGCGCGUCCGGGGGCUCAUCUCGUCGUCGGUGCGCCAGGCGCUGGAGGAGCCGCUCAACUACGCCCGCAACUACCUCGCCGACCUCCUGGAGCCCUGCGUGCGCCGCGUCAUCUACCUCGACUCCGACCUCGUGCUCGUCGACGACGUGGCCAAGCUCUGGCGCACCGACCUCGGCGGCCGCACCGUCGGCGCGCCGGAGUACUGCCACGCCAACUUCACCAAGUACUUCACCGACCGGUUCUGGUCGGAGGAGCAGUUCGCCGGGACGUUCGAGGGCAGGCGGCCGUGCUACUUCAACACGGGCGUGAUGGUGCUGGACCUGGCGCGGUGGCGGCGCGCGGGCUACACCCGGCUUAUCGAGCGGUGGAUGGAGAUACAGAAGUCAGCGCCCGGGCGCAUCUACGAGCUGGGGUCGCUGCCGCCGUUCCUGCUGGUGUUCGCGGGGCACGUGGCGGCGAUCGAGCACCGGUGGAACCAGCACGGCCUGGGCGGCGACAACAUCCUGGGCAGCUGCCGCGACCUCCACCCGGGGCCGGUGAGCCUGCUGCAUUGGUCGGGGUCCGGCAAGCCGUGGGCGCGGCUGGGCGGCGGGCGGCCGUGCCCGCUGGACGCGCUCUGGGCGCCGUUCGACCUGUACGGCCCGGCCGCCGUGGAGCCGUCCCGGUAACCAACCAACCGCAAACAACACUACUACUACAAAGAUUCUUUUCCUUCUUUCGCCGACCCGUAUAAAUCCUGAGCUCUAAUUCUUGGUCACCGUUACAUGUUCAAAAACCUAUAUAUUUUUUCUCCUCCUUCCCGUUCUCUUUCAAUUUCUUCUUCUGUUGAAUUAAAUGUUUUGUGCCACUCCUAGAUUGUUCGUGUUCGUCCCACAUAUUUUUGGUCGUUUGUUUGGUGCUACAAAAAAGGUCAUUUGUAUCAUACCAUACACUCUACAGAGCUGCAGCCUCAUCAUGGCAUCAUGGUGAUGGUGAUGAUGAUGAUGAUAUAAAUAAAUAAAUAAAUAAAAGCAGAGGGAGGGAGGGAGAGAAACAGACUUUGCACA